AUGGUGAACGCGGCGCAGUGCCAAGAACACCCCGGCUUCCAAAUCCUCGGGAAGGAUCGUCUUAAACUCAUUUUGCAGAGCCCAGCGUCAAGUUAUACGGGCGCUUCGCUCAGCGUCAGCCAGGACCAGAGAAGGGCUUCUUGCCGUUUAGCAGACGUCUGCAAGAGAUACAGAGCUAGCCCACGAUCCACCCACAAUCCUCGUGUCCCCGGGGUGCCCUCGCAGUUGCCAAACCUACGUGCCGCGUUUAGGGGACGCCUCCGCGUCCUGGCGGCCAAAAAGAAUGGGCUUCUUCUAGCUUCCCCCUCCCGGAUACCACCUGCAAAUCUAUUGCCAGAGGCGCAGCCCCCGCGAGCGUUCCCGCCCCGGGCGGCCCCCAGGAGUCGUUUUGGGUCCCUAAAUCCGUUGAGGCCACAAGCCACCAGAUUCAAGGACGGGACACAGAUUCAAGGUGGGACACAGGGCCCAGGCCUGACGGCAGUGCUUGCUGAUCAAGUGAUAGUUGGCAAUGCCUCUCUGCAACUGAAAAACAUACAACUCACAGAUGCUGGUACCUACAAAUGUUAUAUCAUCACUUCUAAAGGCAAGGGGAAUGCUAACCUUGAGUAUAAAAUAGCCUUCAGCAUGCCAGAGGUGAAAGUAGACUAUAAUGCCAGCUCAGAGACCUUGCAAUGUGAGGCUCCCUGAUGGUUCCCCGAGCCCACAGUGGUCUGAAGAGCCCUAGUUGACCAGGGAGCCAAAUUCUCAGAAGUCUCCAAUACCACCUUUGAGCUGAACUCUGAGGAUGUGACCAUGAAGGUUUUGUCUGUGCUCUACAAUGUUACGAUCAACAACACAUACUCCUGUAUGAUUGAAAAUGACAUUGCCAAAGCAACAGGGGAUAUCAGGACAGAAUCUGAGAUCAAAAGGCGGAGUCACCUACAGCUGCUGAACUCAAAGGCUUCUCUGUGUGUCUCUUCUUUUUUUGCCAUCAGCUGGGCACUUCUGCUUCUCGCCCCUUACCUGAUGCUAAAAUAA